GAGUCUACCCUCCACAGUCGACUGCCGUCUCCCGCGUUGUACGCUUGGGCCUGGUGCAAAGUUGUUUGAACACGGUUUGGUUUGUCAAAUGUGUUUCAAGUAAAACUUUGUUUACGUCCACGACCAGAAGUGCGCAGCGUUUUACGGAUCUCAGUGAAGUGGUUUAAACUAGUGAAAAUACGAUUUUUCUUUAGAAGAAUCUUUGUUGAGUUGAGUGAUAAGUGAUAGGUUAUCAGUGCACUCCUGCUCGCCAAACUGGGAUUCCUUACCAGAGAUGUCGACCGCCGUCAUGAACAGCAACUCCAUCUAUGAGUUCGGAGAAUUGCUCUUGAAGCAACAACAACAGCAGAAGAGUGUGUUGGGAAGCAACAACAGUAACAAGAUGCGAUGGGAAGAUCAGGGCCACGAACCGCUCUCCAGACGGGCUUCUCAUCCCGUGGGACCCACCAUGGCUUCUUUGGUCACCACCUUGUUGCUGGACAACCUCAACUCUCACCGCCGUCUGGAUCGCAGCCAGUCCGAUCCUGCUAAGUCCAUCAUAAACGUCAACACCUCCAGGUACAAGACCGAACUGUGCCGACCUUUCGAGGAGUCUGGGGAGUGCAAGUACGGGGACAAGUGUCAGUUCGCACACGGCGGCCACGAACUACGCAACCUGGUGCGACACCCCAAGUACAAGACGGAACUUUGCCGCACCUUUCACACGGUGGGCUUCUGUCCGUACGGGCCGCGCUGCCACUUCAUCCACAACGCCGAGGAGGCCAGAGCCAUGCAGAUGAAGAAUCGACCUCGUCCGCUGUGUUUGCUCCCCGGACCCGGCUCCAGUGCUGACACCCCCUCGCCACCCUCGAGCCUAGGCAGUGUCUCUCCGCCACCCUCGUCCACCUCCAACACCGCCUUCUCGUUCGCGUCUCUAGUCCACGAGAGUCCACGUUCCCUGAGUCCCUGCCACAGCCCGCCCCCGCCACCCGCCUCACCGGACGCCAGACUCCCGGUCUUCAACAGACUCAGUCAGCCCGGGAUCCUCGCGUUCCAGUUCGGCGGUGAACUCAUCGCAUAGACUCCGCCACCGACUCAUCGUCUUCCCUAGAUAGUAUCCACAGUCAAUUUACAUCCUGUAAGAUUUCUCAGUGUAUUCUCAUUUUAAUUCUGAUACGAGUUUAUUUCUAAUUUAAUGGUAUUAUACAGACUGCUUAAUUUAUUCUGAGACAAGAUGUGUUUCCGUUAGGAAUAAAGGUUUUGUUUUAUUAUUUAUAUAGCGUUUUGUGAUUUAUUAUAAAGCCUUUUAAGGCUGUAUUGUAAGUGUUAUUUUGAGUUGUACGCAAUACCUAACCUCAACGACACAAGGAGACCGAGACGUAGAUUGUACACUAAACUAACUUGUAGCUCCAGCUGUGAUGUGCUCAACUCCGAUUGUACCUGACAGGGCACGGGCACGGCAAACCAUCUCGCCAAAUUUUAACUUUUGAGCAGUUAACUUACCAGUCUACUGGUGCAAUUGUUCGCAGUCUUUUCUGCUUUUUGAAUUGAUAAUAAAUAUUUUACACUUUUACUUUUUAUUACGAUGAUUUCCAUGUUUUAUUGUGAUUUUGAAACUUUCUAUCGGCAGGAUCUAUUGGGAAAGAACAUUCCACACAUAAAGACAAGCAAUACGAGUCAGCGUGCGAUACCAUGUAUAUCAUUAGAUGUAAGACAACAUACCCAGUCCUGCAGUUUUAUUUAUUUGUGUAUUUUUAUAAGUUGUUGUUAUUUUGAUACUCCAUUAUUUAUUUGAUAUAGGGUUUUAAAAUGUCGUUUUGUGGCAGAUAACUAACUUUCUUAUCUUCAUACUAAUGUGAACCAGUUUCCAUUAAGAAAAUGAAUAAAAGAGAAAAUUAUGUACAGAUAUAUUAUAUAUAUAUGAAACGUAUUGUCUUCUUUUCAUAGUCUACGCAUAAAAAAGAUAAAUUUAUUUUAUGGUGAUUCUCCAACCAUAUUUGUUGAAGGGAGCCUUAUAUUCUUUGGUCGUUGUAAAUUCUUAAAUCCUUUCGGGGCAAUUUGUACAAAGAUUCGAUCAUUUCUUUAAUUAAUAUGCUAUUUGUAUUUUUCAUGUUAUAUAAGAUUUGAUUCCGUUUGUUUUAUUAGCAUAAGCAAUUAAAUAUAAAAUCUGUACUUCUCCUUCAGGUGACAAACCAAUUAGUGUGUUCUCUUUUCAUUCCACUGUUUUUCUCGUGUGAGUUUAAUUAUUAUUUUAGUUCGACUGAUCAUUUAUUCAUAAAAUUGGUUUGUUACAUAAAAUAUGUAUUAUUCAGAUGUUUCUAUAUUUAUUUGCUUAUCAUUAUAUAUAUAUAAUAUUUUGUGUUAGUAGUUCUUUAAACUUUUUUAUUUGUAUUUAUAUAAUUUAUUACUUUUAUGGAUAAGCACAUCUUUAAAGGUGCCUUGGCCAUAUUAUUGUGUUUAUAUGUUACAUGUAUUAAAGUGAGUUAUUAUUAUAGCGUUUAAA